AUGGGUUUCUUUGAUGACGUAGGUUUGGCGUAUGGUAGAACUGCGUCUGAACAGAUGAGACUAUGGGCUCAUUUGAACACCAAAUUGGCGAGGUUGGCUUGUAGAAGGAACUUCUUGCUCCAUUGCAGAACGACCGGUAUUUUACCCAGACAUAUCGUCCAGAACAUCAAAUGUUUGACCAACCUCUUAUCAGAUGAUGCCGAGAACAACAGAAAGAACCGAUCAUACAAGAAAGUAUUUUCCAACAACAAGAAGCUUCUUGAAAAGAAGUUCCUUGCACUAAAAAAACGAAAAAUCCAGUCCAUCCAAAUCAGAGAUGAAUGGCUUUGCAAUCUCACUACUACACAGAUUCCCACAGAAGUUAAGGUUAUCUUGAGUCUGGGACCUAAAUUUGGUGUGGCUCCCCUUCCUGUUAAAGACAUACCUAUCAAGAAUAUUGUGGCAGAUGUAGAGAACAUAAUCAACUUGGCUCCUAUCACCAGGCAGAAUAUCUUGAGAGCUAAAUGCACUAAUGCUAUUACCAACUUCGUGCACAAUUCAAAGAUGACACAUAACUUUGAGCACUACCUUUUGACCAAUGCUAGAAGAUUUGUCAAGACACACGAUGACUUGGUUAUCACUCCUGCUGACAAAGGUAACAUCACAGUAAUACUUUCCACAGAACAGUAUGAACAGAAAAUGAACCAGCUUCUACAAGACUCGUCAGUUUACAAACAAUUAAGGAGAGACCCUACCAAUGAAUUUCAAUGUAAAAACAACAAAAUUGUCAAACAACUGAAAGACAAAGGUUUUAUUGAUGCUUCCAUGGCCAGAAAAUUAACCACCUAUAAAGCGAUUCCACCAAGAAUAUAUGGACUUCCUAAAGUACACAAAGCAGACAUCCCAUUGAGGCCCAUCGUCUCCACAAUUGGCUCAGCGUCAGUUGAACUCAGUCAAUUUAUGACACAGAUUCUCACAGAAGCAUUCUCAGAUUUCCAUGAUUAUACCAUAGCUGACUCUUUCCAAUUUGCUUCCAAAAUUAAUAACUUUAUAUUACCCCAAGGGAAUGGUCCAGAGUAA